CUAUCGAGCCGCAACAGCGAGCAGAGAGACGAGAGGAGAGGAGAGGAGAGGAGAGGAGAGGAGAGGAUUAUGAGGAAAAAGGGAGUGCCGGAGUUCGAGGAAUCGCCGCCGGAUGACUUUGAUCUGGCGGACCCGUAUAAGGACCCUUAUGCGUUGUGGGAGAGGAGGGAGCACCUAGUAAGGGAGAAGUGGAUCGACAUAGAGAAAGCCAAGAUCAUAAGGGAGAAGCUCAAGUGGUGCUACCGCGUCGAGGGCAUCAACCACCUCCAGAAGUGCCGUCAUCUCGUCCAAAAGUAUCUGGACUCCACCCGAGGAAUCGGAUGGGGGAAGGACCAGCGCCCUCACUGGAUCCACGGUCCGAAGGUUGAGGCAGCUGAGGCAGAGUAAUGCGUGCUAUGUUUAGUUGAAGAUUACUGGAACUGAUGAACUGAUUAAUUCUGAACAUGGAGGAGAGCUGUGGCGUGCCUAAAGCUUUGUUGCUUUAUUGUUACUUCUUUUGCUUUAAUUGAAGCCUGUGACUUCACAACUUCUUGCUUGUGUUUCUUAUAGCAUGUUUAGAGGCCAGACAUCCUUGGCAUUGACUUUCAUAUUACCUCAUUUUACUUAUUAGCAUCCAAAUACUGCGAGUGAUCUGUGCAAUGAACAUAAGUGCAUCAGAUGAAAUCAGGAAAUAAGAAAUAAGUUUCUUGUCAUUGCUUGCUUU